CCAUCACUCCCAUGGUGCAGUGCUCUUUGACUGUGUUCCCCGCAGCGUGCGGUCGACUGUGUGUUGCUGUUGUUAGCUAACAGCAGCGGGCACUAAAGGGUCAUGCCACUCAACGUUGUGCUGGACGGUCCGGCACCCUGGGGGUUUCGCCUGACGGGGGGGAAGGACUUCAACCAGCCCCUGACCAUCUCCAGGAUCACCCCGGGCAGCAAAGCCUCCGUCGCCAACUUGUGCGCCGGCGACGUCAUCCUGGCCAUCGAGGGAGUCGCCGCCUCGGACCUGCUGCACUCUGAAGCCCAGAACAAGAUUAAAGAGUCCAGCAGUCAACUCUGUCUCACUGUGGAAAGGAAUGAAUCCAGACUGUGGACGCCUCGUGUCAUGGAGGAGGGCCGAGCUCAUCCGUAUAAAAUCAACCUCGAAGCAGAGCAGCAGGAGUUCAAACCGAUCGGCACCGGUCACAACCGGAAAGCUCAGCCGUUUGUCGCGGCGGCAAACAUCGAUGAGAAGCGCCAGGUGGUCAGUACGGCCUACAACACCCCCAUAGGCCUUUACUCCUCGGGUAACAUCCAGGACGCCAUGGAGGGUCAGAUCCGAGGGAUCUUCCCCACGAAGCCUGAGAGUCCCAGGACUCUGAGCAGCAUCGAGGAGUCUGACGUUUACCGGAUGUUGCAGCAGGACCAGGAGGAUCCUCAGGAGCCCCGACAGUCUGGCUCCUUCCGAGCGCUGCAGGAUUUUAUUGACAGUGAUGGCACCCGUCCCAUUGUGACCAGGACAGUAAAAGCCCCGAUGAACAAACCGACGCCACCCACAGGAAACCUGCAGAAACUGCCCGUCUGCGACAAGUGUGGGAAUGGGAUCGUGGGGACGGUGGUGAAAGCUCGGGACAAAUAUCGCCACCCCGGUUGCUUUGUGUGCUCCGACUGUGACGUCAACCUCAAGCAGAAGGGCUACUUCUUCGUGGAGGGGCAGCUGUACUGUGAGGCCCACGCUCGGGCCAGAAUGAGACCACCAGAGGGACACGACCUCGUCACGACUUAUCCGUCUGCGUAGAUCCCUCCUCCUCCUCCUCCUCCUCCUCCUGCCAGCACAGACACAAGCACUUACACAUGCAAACACACACACUUCAGCACACACUCCUCAGUCGUACGUGGAAGGGGUCAUCUGCACUUUGAGGUUGUCUGUGUGCAGUCACAUUUCAGUGAGGAUCCUGUAAGUAACUCCCUUUAUAUAGGAAGAUUCCACAGGUUUGUAAAGGUCCGACACGAAGAGACAACAGAACUCGUCUCUGUAUUUCCUGCUGGUUUCUCACAGUCUGAUGUCUUUUCAAUAAAGACCCUCUGUUCCUACUGUAAGACUGUGUGUGUGUGUGUGUGUGUGUGUGUGUGUGUGUGUGUGUGUGUGUGUGUGUGUGUGUGUGUGUGUGUGUGUGUGUGUGUGUGUGUGUGUGUGUGUGUGUGUGUGUGUGUGUGUGUGUGUGUCCUGAUGUGAAAAGCAGAAACUGCAGGUGUGGACAAACUUCAUCAGUCCACACGUUUGUUCCUCAUCAGAAAAAAAGUAGAAGAUCUUCACACCUACAAGCUCCUGUCAAAGGAUUUAUUUGUGGUAGUGAUGUUUUCAGCACGAGGCUCCUUCUCAGACUUCUGAUACAUAUUCGUCAUCUUCAAUAAUUAAUCAUCGAUCGACAAUCGAUUAGAUAUGAUUAAGUUUCUCAGAGUCUCAGACAAAUUCUGAACAACAGUUGAAUGGAUAUUUGGCUCAGACAAACUCAGUUAAGUUGACAGAUGAAGAUGUCGGCAGGUGGAGCAGGACGUCUGUUCUACAUCUUUCCAGGGACUUACAGAUAAAAAACUGCCUCUUAGUGAACUCUGCUGCAUUCAAUGUCUAUUAAUGUGCACUGUCCCUGUUCAAUAAAUCAGCUAAUAAUAAUUAACUGAACAGCCCGAGAAUGAA